AUGUUGUCCACUCGCCAGUUCUUCACUUCGAAGCCCUUUCCCUGGCCAUGUGCCGUAGAACAAGCCCCAUUCACAAACUACCUAACUGGCAUCUCCCUCCGACAAACCGACCUCUCCCGAUCCAAGAUCAGAGACUGUGCCAUCACAGACUGCAGCAUCACAGGCCACACCCUCGCUCCCAUCAUCCUCGAAGAUUGCUUAAUCGAAAACUCGAAUAUCGACGCGUGUGAGCUCAUCAACUGCGUCAUCAAAGAUUCAAAAGUCAACGAAUCGGAUAUGAAGCGCUGUACCAUCUAUCAGAACUCGAGGGUCACCCAAUCAACCAUGGACCAAUCCUUGAUGCUUAACUCUUCUGCCCAGCGAGUUCAUUGCGAGAAUUCAUAUUUCUACGAAUCUGAGCUCAUCAAGUGCAAAAUGGUGGUCUGCAAGCUAAACAAUACUCACGCCGUUGGUAUCGAAGCUAAAUCAUCGCUACUUCGCUUUUGCAACAUUGCCGGAAGCCGCGCAAAGUUUACCCGUUCCACUCUCGACGAUUGCAAAGUUUGUGCGAAGGAUUCAACUGUGGUCGAAUCUCGAACUUUAUCGCAUCCGCUUGCAUUAUACAAGUUCCCUCCGGAGAUUAGGAAUCUGAUCUACGAAUACGCGAUUGAUGGCAAAGGCCGUGGUUCUCCGCUUAUUGCUGCGCUCCGUGGCGAGCCAAAGCUGUAUCACGAGGCGUUGGCGGUUUUGAAUCGGACUUGUGUCUUCGAUGCAGACAAGGAUAUCCUGCGCAAAGCAUCAUCCGUGCUAAGAACAGCUCGCCCUGACGAACAUGCUGACGUCUUGGGACAAGUAAGACACACGAUUAUCGGCGCCGAUUUGUUGUUCGUACUCGCGACGAUUACUUUUGUUCUUAACGAAUACAAAGUCUUGGAAAGCAUCCACAUCAACGAAUGGGACUAUAUGCAACACGGCCGCGCAAACGAGGACGGCCACUCCGAUCUACUUCGAUUUUGCAAGAAACUCUUCCGUGCCAAGAACCUUUCCAUGAAAAAACUGACGAUUACGUUCGGAUCGGUUCUCGACUUGCCUUUCAAAACCGACACGCGAGAUGCUUUGAUGAAGGCUGUGAACCGAGACCUGGAGAAUAUGCUUGGGGUUCAGGGAAAGAAAAUGCAGACUGAAGGAGCCAGCGACGAAUUUACACCAAAAACCACUUGGACUUGGACAGCGACCCCGGGUACCAAGCUGUGGUUGGCAAUGGAAGACGUAGACUCCACUUUUAAGAAGUUCGCAGAGUCGGAAUCAGAGUCUAAUGCAAUGGAUGAAGACGAAUAAACAAACAGGACGGCAGAAAGGGGUAGGUUGGAGCUGUAUACAAAUGUACUUUUAGCAGAA